AAUACAAAUUAAAUACGAAAAGACGGCCAAUCCAAGUGGCUUGGCUACGCGGUCCGCUGUAGUAAUGGUAGCCUUCCAGACGCGGUUCAGUGGCCGGCUGUCUAUAACAGCAAUAGCAACAGCAACAGCAAUUCUCUUGAUCGCGAAUAUCGUCGUAUAUUCGGGCGUUUCGGCGGCGACCAACUCCAACUCGCUGCGCUCCAUUGCGGGCAAUGGAAAUUCAAAUCUUCGCCUAGCGCUGCCGCGUACAAGCGCCAGUCAAAUAAACAGUGCGGGAGGAGCUGGAGGAGCAGGAGGGGGCGGCGGUGGGGGAGCGACGGCAAGCUUUAAGCUUGCUGCAAAAACGUUAAACUCAACGCGCAAUGGAAACCUGCGAACAAGAGAACAACAAUUGCUGAGCAUAUUUGAAAUAAUAAUAACAACGCUUGAAGGAAAAUUGAAAAGAAUUGACAACCUGGGGCGAUCAGUUGAAGAUCUGAUGGGACAUAUAGAGACUUUGGAGAAUCGUGUCACAAAUAACGUGGAAAAGACAGAAGAGGCGCUGUCUAAACUAAGCAGUUUGGAUUCCAAACUUUCCAAUGUCGUUUACAUUUUACCUGAAAUGGGAGCUCAUUCGGUCGAUGGGUUUCACGUGCCAAAGACUCCGACGACAACAUCAUCAUUUCAGCUUGAUAGCCGUCUAGUUAAGUUGGAUCAGAAAGUUAGCGAUAUUGAUUCAAAGCUAGAGGUGCUGAAGACCCAAAUUGAUAAUAACUUUUUGCAAGUCGAUGACUUUAACGCCGAGGCAAGUGAGAAAAAGCCAAUUACAAUGAAUGUAGUGGAAAUCACAAAGGCAAUGACUGCCGAGGUUAUGACCCAUGUCUCGUCGGAAGUUAAUCAACUACGCGACUCCACCGACAAUAUUGACAAGAAGCUGCAGUUCCACAUAAACAUUGAAUCGGAGAAUAUAGGACGAAUGCUCCGCAUGAUGAACGACAUUCACGAUGCUGUCGUCGAUCAUCACGAGCAAUCAAGUGGUUUCAAUGUGACGACAACUGCGUUUCCAGCUAUCAAAUCCAGUAAAAUUGAUGCCCUCGUUAAGCAGAUGCGGCCCAUGGUCUCGGUAUCGGAGAAAAUGGAUGAGGUAUGGGAUGUUGUUGUGGGCACAAAAUCAUCUGUUGAUCAUUUACUGCCCAAAUCGGAUGCACUUCUUACACAAACUCAGCGCCAAGAACGCGCAAUUGGCGAAAUCCAUCAGGAUCUUAAAACGAAAACGAAUUUGAUAAUCAAUAAUCUGGAUAUGGUUGAAAAGCGUUUGAAAAAACAAGAGGACGAUGUCCAAGUGCUUUCCCAACGUCCCGGACCAGCAGAACUUUUAGGGGAUCCAACAAUCGAUCGCUUAGUCGAGUAUGAUCCCAGCAGAUACUCGGUUAUCGAUGAAAGUUUGACUGACUUAAUCGAGCCACCAACAACACCUUCGUCGACAACACGAACUUCAACAACCUACAACACGUCAACAACAGCAUAUCCGACAUUGAGCACUCCCACGAGUUCCAUGUCAACCAGCAGCCAAGCCACUUCUUCCAGCUCCAAUCUAAAUAAUAUUCUGGGUUUUAUGAUAAAUGCAACCCUCACAACGGCAGCAACAACAGCCUCAUGGAAUGCAACUCCCACGAAAUCAUCAUUUCGUAAGGGCGGAGUUAUCUUUCCGAGUGUAAAGAAUAAACCCGCUGUGGUUAACAACACCUUCACCAGUGAUAUAUUCACACUAAAGGAUGUUAAGGGUUUCUCCUGUGUAGAUAUCUUAAAUGCUGGGAUGAAACAAUCUGGAGUAUUUUACCUGCAAAUUCGUGGAACAACCUAUUGGUUCUUGAAAGUGUUUUGUGAACAGAGUAUUUCAGAUGGAGGUUGGACGGUCAUUCAACGGCGUGAUGAUUUUGGCGAACCCCGAGAAAAUUUCAAUCGUGAUUGGGCGGACUAUAAAAACGGAUUUGGCGAACCAGCAAAGGAGUUUUGGUUGGGCAACGAAAACAUAUAUAUGCUGACAAAUAACGAAGAAUAUGCCCUGCGGGUGGAAUUAGAAGAUUUCGAAGGAAAUAAACGAUAUGCUCAGUAUUCACAUUUUAAAAUUCAUUCGGAAGCGGAUUAUUACAAACUAGAGAUCGAUGGAUAUGAGGGAAAUGCUGGAGAUUCAUUGAAUGAUCCAUGGUACGGCUCAAACAAUAGUCCAUUUUCAACCUAUAACAAAGAUAAUGAUCGAAGCUCUCUCAACUGUGCAAGUAUGCUCAAGGGCGGCUGGUGGUGGAAGUCCUGUGGUCGUGGUCUUAAUGGACUCUAUCUCCAUGAUCCUCAGGAUUUAACUGCUCGCCAAGGAAUUGUAUGGUUUCGCUGGCGGGGCUGGGACUAUACUUUAAAAAAGGCAACCAUGAUGAUACGUCCUCGGAUGCCUCAGCCACAAACUAUGACCUUAGGCCCAGUGACUGCAAAUUAGAAUUUCUUGAAUAAUUUUAACCUAAACUUUUAAUUACUGAGAGAAGAAUUUCUGGUAGGUUAUUAAUAUCCGCCCAUAUUAUAGCGAAUCAUGCAUAAUAGCAAAUUUUAUAUAAAAGCAUUCUGUUAUUUUAAUUGUUUACCAUUUAAAAAUAAUAACUUAUUUUUUCAUGUUGUAUUGAGUCGACAUAAAAGCUAGUUAAAUCUCUUAAAAUUGUGUAAUAACGUUAUAAGUAUUAAUCUUAAAACGCCGCAAUCAUCCCAUGUUUACUGUAAAUAAAUUCACUGUUGUUCUGUUUGUAUUUUAUGUAUACAAAUUAAAUCAUCCCAACAA